CAGUCCCUCCAGUUAUAAAGUUCAAUAUAUCUGGAUCGAUAUUGAAUAUUUCUGAAGGAGAGCGGUCACAUGUUAAAUGUGAAGCUAAAAGCGUUCCUGCCUCAAAUAUAUCAUGGAUUGAAUUAAGUAAUGGAAACAUAAGGAAGAAGCAAUGUAAUUUGUCACCAACCUGCGUAUUAAAUAUUGAUACUGAUGAAGUUUCAAACAGACGUUUUAUGUGCCAGGUUCACUAUAAGGCAGAAGUUGAUCAAAAAUAUUUGACUGUACACAUAAUAGAAAAAGCCAAUAAAGACAAUAAAAACAAUGAUAAACAGAAAAAUACUGGCCAAGCUUCGGACAAGUUCAUAAUUUGGAUAAUAUUGGGUGCAUGUGUACUUGUGGUCGGCAUCAUUGUUAUAGCGGUCUUGUUUGUUGUCAUCAGGAAAAAACGCCUAAAUUCUACAGAAAAGAGGGACAGCCAGGUAGAUUAUCACAAGCAUGAGGAUGAUAUAGUAUUUUCUAAACAAAACCCGGAGGUUCGUCCUUUGGGAAACCUUAAUCAGAAUGCGCAUGCGCUUGAGAACGAGGCAGAAGUACCUGUAUAUUCUCAACCAGUUAAAAAGAAAACUAUAGAAGACUCGGACAAUACAUAUGCGCAAGUAAACAAAACAGGAACAUCAGCUUCUUCUUCAAAAACGGAAAAGCCCAAACAUUCACAGGACGGACAAUUACUAUAUGCUGAUCUUGCCUUUGAUUCAAAUGAGACUCCAUCAAAAGCAGCAGUUGCCAAGCGGCGAGAUUCCCCGACAGAAUAUGCUGAUAUAGAUUAUGUGAAGACAAAAACUAAUAAAGGCAUCGAUGAUACUCCUACGGAACAAGACAAUAUUUAUGCAAACCAGUAGAUUUAUUUGAUAGAAAUAACGUUUGUGUCAUUACACAAAUCAACUUUACACACGAAACACUGUAAAUAUUAGCAUGUGUAUGCGAGUGUUUGUCAGAGCUUAUUGCCAAUACCCUAAGAUUUAAUCUGUCGUGAAAGUGAGUUAUUGAACUUUGAUGAACUGCUUUUUGUGUUAUGUAUUUUUCCUUUGUUUUUUUAUGACAAUGUUUGUUGCGCAUGCACCUUUAACUGAUAAUUGCAAAAGAAUAUUUUAUCAUUAAUCAAUGUAGUUAUAUUGUUAAAAACUUUUUUUAAGUUUCACUUGCUAUCUUAUAAAACUGACAACUAAAAA